GGCCGCUCGGGUCAUUUGCUCGUUUUGUCUAAAGAAACCUUCGAGUUCUCGAUUUGCAGUCUUCCGAUUUCAAGGGUUCACUUUUCUGUUCUGCUGAUCGCUCUGCUUCUCCGUUCCUCCGCUUCGAAGACCUAGAGGAAGAGGAGGAUGCCAGGUGGCUUCUUCCGAGGCACAUCGGCGGAGCAGGACACCCGCUUCUCCAACAAGCAGGCGAAGCUUCUCAAGUCCCAUAAGUUCCCGCCGGAGCUAGAGCACCCGGUGGAUAUGACGAAGGUGAAGAUGGAUGUUAUCAGGCCUUGGAUUGCUACUAGGGCUACAGAGCUUCUUGGAUUUGAGGACGAAGUUCUCAUUAACUUUGUCUAUGAACUUCUGGAUGUCAAGGCAGUGGAUGGGAAACAGAUUCAGAUCCAGCUUACAGGAUUUCUAGAAAAGAAUACUGGGAAGUUCAUGAAGGAGCUUUGGGGACUUCUCCUUAGUGCUCAGAAUAACUCAAGCGGUGUCCCUCAGCAAUUCUUGGAUGCAAAACAAGAAGAAAUGAGAAAAAGAAAGCUUGAGAAUGAUCUGAUCACUCAAGAAAUUCAGAAGAGAAAGGAUAAGGAAGGAAGAGAAACCGAGCAAGAGAAACAGAAGAGGAUGGACAUAGAAGCUGGUCAUUCAAGAUCUGCAAAUGUUCUUUCUGACCCAAGUUCAAGACAGUCACAGUCAAGGGAUUCAAGAAUUCAAUCAGAGAAGGAGAAAGAUAAAGAGAUAGUGAAAAGUCCAGGAGUAAAACAGUGCCUGGAGGGAUUUGCAACCAUUGAUUGUAGCAUAUGCUUUUUACUACUGAUCUGUUUUGUUUGUUUGAUUCAGAGCUCUCUUUUUUUUAUAUGUUGGGUUUGGUUUCUUAAUCUUAACUACAUAAUCAUGCUGUCUUUAUUCAGAAGGACUUCUUCAUCAUGCCUAUCAUUCAGCAAAUCAGCUUCUAAAUGUGGGAGUUCAAAGGAAGGAUGGUCAAGGAGUGCAUCUGUAUCUUCCCAGUCACAUAGCCAUUCGGUUUCUCCUAGUAGGCGGUAUCAUUCGCCAUUGAGGCAUUUAAUUUCAUCUGAAAGGAGAUAUAAGUCUCCAACGAGAAGAUCUAUUUCUCCUCACCGUAGAUAUUCACCUAGGAAUAAUACAUCGCCUCCGAGACACAAAUCUCCUUAUGCUAAACGAAGGUUGCCUUCAACCACAAGGCGUAGAUCUCCAUUGCAUAGACGUCGAAAAUCACCUUUUGGAAGGCGAUCUCCAUUAUUAUUGUGCCAUAGGUCUCCUACUUCACAUCAUAGAUCUCCCAUUCCAAAUCGCAGGAAAUCACCUUCUGCUGAACGUCGCUGGGACUCACCUUCUAAGCGUCACAGAGACUCACCUUCACCUGAAAGUCACAGGAGAUCACCUUUUCCUGGACAUCAAUGGAGGCCACCUUCUCCGAUACCCCACAAGAGGUCACCUUUACCAACACAUAGGAGUUCACCUUCUCUGGCACAUCAUAGGAGAUCACCUCCCUCUCAUUGCAGAGUAUCGCCUUCUCCUUCAUUCUGUAGAAGAUCACCUUCUCCUUACCAUAGAAGAUCAUCUUCUCCAAUGCGUCACAUGUCUCCUGUUAGACGAAGGUCCUUUUCUCCUCAGCAGCAUAGAUCCUUGUCACCUAGGACAUCAUCUCCAGAUGCUUCUCCUCAACGUCAAGGAAGACUAUCUAGGGGUUAUGGUGCUGAUUCACAACCAUCUCAAACGAGGAAAAGUCACAGUCCUAAUAGGACUCUUAGAGGUUCAAGUAGGGAAACUGAUAGCAGAAAUAUUGGUGUCAACUCUAGAAGACACGAGGAUGGCUAUGCAUUUGAUAGGGUCUGGGAGAGACGGUCAUUGACUCAUGGUGCUACACACAAAGUGAUGGAUGAACAUACCAUGCACAAUAUCUCAGGCCACUCUCCGCCCAAAUUGUCAGGCUGUUCUAGGUCUUCUGGUCGAGAUUCUAGAGGUCAAAUUGACAUCCAUGACAAGGAUCAUAGCGUGUUGUCUGAGAAUUCUUCAGGGCUGUCAGCCUCACCUAGUAAUUCAAGGAGAACAAGCCCAAGAAGAAAUAGGUUGUCUGAAGAUACUACUACCAAACAAUUUGAGAAACAAAUACCUCAGGAUGUCAUAGGAAUAAAUAAUGAAAAGGAACAUUCUGGUUUUCUCAGCGAGGAUGGUUUUCACAACGUUGAUUCACCAUCUAAGAAAGACAUCCAAAGCCAUCCGACAAAUGUGAAAUCGAAAAAGGAAAAUGAACAUAAUAGUGAUGUGGAUAUUUCUAGAAGAAAUGAAUCACAAGUGUCACAGUCUCUAGAUGGUAGAGAAUAUGGUCCUGGAAGAGGAGUGCGGGUGGAAAACAUUCCAGUCGUGAUCGACAAAGCUUGAUGCUUUCCCUAAUGCUAUAGGAGUUCAGGAAAGAGAAAGCACAAGAAGUUUGAUAAACAUAGAAGAGAUUCAGAUUCUGAUUAUGAAUCUGAUUCUGAUAUUGAAGACAAGAAGGAAACCAAGAGACGAAGGAACGAUGAGAGAAGAUUGCGCAAGGAGGAAAAGAGGCGAAGGCACGAAGAGAAGCACCGCAAAAGACUUGAACGACAUGUGGAGAAGUAUAAAAUGAUAAUAGCGGAUACUGUAACUCCCCCUUCCGAACCUGAUAAGGAUCUCAAUGAUACAGCUGCUAUGAGAAAAGGAGGGCCUUAUUUGUCCCACAGUGCAUUUGAAACUGAGUCCAAAGAGAAGCAGCUUGAGAUUGAGCUCCGCGAGAAGGCCCUCAAAUCUCUUAGAGAGAGGAAGGCCAUUAAACAGUAAAUCACAAAAAUAAGUUAAAACUUUGGUCUGCGUUUUGCUGUUUUCCGAUUAUUGUUUCAUUUGUCUUAUAGUCAACAUUGAUCUGUAGUUUGAAUCCUGUAGGUGAAGUGAAUUGAUAAGGAAUGUCAGGGUGACAUUUUGGUGCCUA